CUUCCGUAAAUGAGCGCAUGAAAACAUUUGACAUUGCGCGGCACGUUGGUGAAUGAUUUGAAGAUACAAUACUUUGAUUCUCAGACUAGUGAAAAAAAAAUGGCUUCAUCUUGUGCACAGCUGUGUCUGAGAUGUAGAAGUCUUCUUUGCUCCAAGACAGUGGCUACUACUUGGCAGCAUGCCACUCAAGUUCAUUAUUGCACAACAGUUGCAAGGGUAGCCACCAAAAUCCAAAAUGGAUCCUCAUUUUUCACAGGGAAUCAGUGCUCAACACAGACAAGACAGAGAUGGAAACGACAGAUGUUCUGUUACAGUGAUUUAAUGGCCAAACAUCUGGCAACUGAAGCUAAGGAAGACAAGUUCACAGAAGAGUUGUCAAAAACUGAUGUGGCUUUCGGGAGCCCCCUGUUGCCUCUUAGUGAUGCUGUGCCAGUGAAUGAAAUCCAGAAACCAUUAGAUCUGGAUGCUGCUUCUGAACUUUCUGCAUUGGAGGAGAUAAGUGAUGAAAAGGCUGUUAGUAUAUCUGUACCUGUAGCCUUGCCUCCAGCCUCCACCUCUCUUAGAGACUACGUUGACAAGUCUGAGACACUCUGCAAGCUGGUACAAUUAGGUGUGAAUCUGUGGAAGCUUGAACAAAGGCCCAACGUGGGCUCCAUGCUGCUAAGGCUCGAUUUCAACACAGACGUGGCUCCGAGGCUGCUGUUUCUCAAAGAGAUCGGGGUGGAGGACUCUCGCUUUGGCCAUAUCAUCACACACAACCCCUUCAUUCUCACUGAGAGUUUGGAAAACCUGCAGGCCAGAGUGAACUAUCUCAAGUCAAAGAAGUUCAGCUCUGAGACUGUUGCGUCCAUGGUAUCUAGAGCUCCAUAUCUGCUAAACUUCAGUGUGAAGAGGCUGGACAACAGACUGGGAUUUUAUCAGCAACAACUCAACCUCAGUGCCUCUAAUACCCGGAACAUCGUAGCUCGUCUACCUAGAUUACUGUGUAGAAGUUUGGAGCCUGUUAAAGAAAAUCUGAAGGUGUGUGAAAUAGAGCUCGGCUUUAAGGAAAAUGAGAUCCAGCACAUAGUAAUUGCUGUCCCAAAAGUCCUGACUGCCAAUAAAAGGAAGCUGAUCCAAAUAUUUGACUUCCUCCACAACACCAUGAAGGUGCCCCACCACCUGAUCACCAAGUUCCCACAGGUCCUGAAUGCAAGAUACUUGCGUGUCAGAGAGCGCCACCUGUUUCUCGAGUACCUCGGAAAAGCUCAGUAUGAUCCAACCCUGCCCAACUACAUCUCCCUGGACCGCUUUGUUUCCUUGCCAGAUGAGACUUUUUGCACUGAGCUGGCCUCGGCCACAAUUGAAGAUUUUUAUUUGUUCCAAAAGACAAUUUGAUUCUUCAUGAGGGGACAUAAAAGUGGACUUCAUAAAAGAAGUGGUACAGCAAGCAGAAUGUACAGAAUACAUACUAUAAUGUCAGACACAUGCAGACAUGAGUCUUUAGAGAUAAAUGUUUAAAAAGCUUAAUAAAUGUAAACUGUAUAUCAGCUCUUCUGCCUGAAAUACUGCUCUCAUUUAACAUGACCAUCUAAAAAGACCACACGUGCUGAAAGAUCUGUUUUGUCCAGUACCUGGACAAAAAUAUUUGCUUCAGUUGAGUGACUGUAUAUAGAUUUAUCCCCUGUGAUGUAUUAAAAUCUGUCAUGAGAG